AUGCCAGGCUCACUAGCUGACUACCUUGCGAAAAAUUACCUCAACGCCGACCCGGCGACCGAGCGCCCCAAGAAAAAGCGCAAGAAGACCAAGGCCGUCGACACCGCCAGCUCCGGCCUCAUCAUCACCGACGACGACCCUUCCGACCUCCUCACCAAAGACCAACAAGAUGACGAAGACAGCCCGUUUCUUGACACAUCCUUCAAGAGCGCCGAGUUCCGCCGCACCAAGAAAUCAGGCUGGAAGACUCUCGGUGGUGACAACAGCGACCAAGCAGCCGCGGACGCAAUCCUAGCCUCGGCGGCCGCGGAACGAGACGCAGCACGCGCCGAAGAUGCCGACGGCCCAACAGUGGAAGAAAAUGCGGAAGGGCCCAAGAUGGAGUCUGGCGCCCUAGCAGGCCUUCAAACCGCCGAACAAACCGCGGCGAUGGUAAAAGCCCAAGAACGACGCAAAAAAGCCGAAGAAGCGCAAUGGCGCGACCCAUCCGCAGUGGCCGCCCAAACCCAAGAAACAAUCUACCGAGACGCCUCGGGCCGAAUCAUCAAUGUGGCAAUGAAACGCGCGGAAGCCCGUCGCGCCGAAGAAGAAAAGAAAGAGAAAGAAGAGCGCGCCCGUGAAGCCCUAAUGGGCGACGUGCAACGGCAGCAGCGCGAGACGCGAAAACAAGAACUCCAAGAAGCAAAGGCGAUGCCGCUAGCUCGGGGUAUUGAGGACGAGACUAUGAAUGAUGAGCUGAGGGCGCGGGAUCGGUGGAAUGAUCCGGCGGCUGGGUUCUUGACGGAGAGGUCUAGGCCGGGAGCCAGUGUCACGGGCAAGCCGUUGUAUAAGGGGGCCUUCCAGCCUAAUCGGUAUGGGAUUCGGCCGGGACAUCGGUGGGAUGGGGUUGAUCGGGCGAAUGGGUUCGAGAAGGAUUGGUUUGCAGCGAGGAAUAAGAAGGGGAGAAUGGAGGCUUUGGAUUAUCAGUGGCAGAUGGAUGAAUAG